AUGCAUACCUGUGCGAAUUGUGGUACUCAACACACCGACGGAACAAUAUGCAGCAUUUGCAAGAAUCAUUAUGAUUUUCCAUGUUCUGGAGUGACGGAAUCCGGCUAUCGCAGAUUAGGUGAACGGAAAAAUACCUGGCGGUGCCUGAAGUGUAAAGGGCCGCAGGACUCAAUACAGGAACAACUUAGUCAAAUCCUAUCUCGACUGGCUCCGUUAGCAACGGUGGUGGAUGACAUCAAGAGCAUCAAGGCUGAAAUAGGCGAUCUCAAGAAUUCCCUCGAGCUGGCAUAUCAACUCACUGGUGAUCUCUCGAGCACGGUGAAGGACUUGGGCUCUAGAAUAUGUACAGUGGAAAAGAUCGGCAGUGAGGUUCCUGCUCUUCGUGACGAAAUUACCAGAUUGAACAAUGAGCUACAGGACCGGGACCAGUGGGCCCGUGCGAAUAACGUGGAGAUCCGUGGUAUACCGGAAAAGAAGGGUGAAAAUCUAUAUGAUGUCGUCAGCUGUAUCGGUCAACUUUAUAAUAUUUCCAUUAAGAAAGAGGAGAUUAAUUACAUUGCACGUAUCCCAACUCGUGUGCUGAAGGCUGAAAAAUCUAUUAUUGUUGCAUUCAACAAUAGGUAUCGCAAGGAGGAACUUAUCGCUUUAGCUCGUAAAAUUAAGAAGAACAGUCUCUCGGACUUGGGUAUACAAGGAGAGGGAAGUUUUUAUCUGAACGACCAUUUGACGCAGCGUAAUAAAACAUUAUUAAACAAAGCAAAGUCGCUCGCGAAGGAUAAUAAUUUCCAAUAUAUUUGGGUAAAACAUUGUAAAAUAAUGGCCCGCAAAUCAGAUACAUCCCCGAUAUUUUUUAUAAAAGAGGAAAGGGAUCUGAAGAAGAUAACCUGA